AUGGCUUCCGCUUCCCGUGAGCAGAACUCCUCGGCAGGCGCUCUGGAAACAGAGCAACUGAAAAUGGACCACAGAGUAACCGCGCAGUCGCCUCCCUCCGACAACGACAGUGGUGAACGCCCCGUGCGACAACAGCUCAAGGAGACCAACCUUGACUCUGUGGGUGAAAAAGACGGUUCUGCCCGUGCAAACCGAAAGCGCUCUUUCGACAACGCAGAUGGGGCCACCGAUACACCCCCAACCAAGCGAUCCCGAGAGUCCACCCCGGACAACACCACGGAAGACAACUCCAAUCACGCUGGAAUCCCGAAAGAUGCCACUACCCAAGAUGUGAGUGACGACGUGCUGCCCACAGCACCUGCGAACAUUUCAGUUCACAAUACACCUCUGUCCUACAACCCGAUAAUGAGCCACAUCCCCGAGACCACCAAGGUCCAGUUUCCCUUGGACCUUGAGAUCAAGGUCUCAAUUGGUGGAUCCGAGCAAAUUAGCCAUUUGACCAUUCCUGUUGAGGUUGGUAUCAAGGUGACAGCCGGAGUGGUCUCCUUUGCUUCCCCGACUUCGAGAUCGGCUGAACGCGAAUCCUCCAAAAUUCAUAUUACCAUUCCUUCUGCAAAGCCUAUUCCUCCAUCUGGACAAUUUUCCCCUGGACACCCUUCUCCUGGACACCCUUCCCCUGGACACCCUUCCCCUGGGCACCCUUCCCCUGGGCAACCUUCAUCUGAGCACCCUUCAUCUGAGCACCCUUCAUCUGAGCACCCUUCAUCCGAGCAUCCUUCUCUUGGGGAGCCUUCCCAGAGGCACCGUUCACCUGAAUCAUACAUAUAUGAUGACCCUUCAUUCCACAUUUAUGAAGAGCCUGAAUCAAUUGGAGAUUCUUCAUCUGAAGACUCUCUACCUGACUACCGUUCACCUGAAUACCCGUCCUCCCCACCUCCUGUCCCAUACAGUCCAACGAAUCCCAAUUACCCUAAACCCAUGGUUGAAAUCAUUGAUUCUAACUAUUCUCAAUCCCCACAGAGUCUUGAAACGACCGCCGGCGGAAACGAGGAUGAGUCUUCACAAACCCUCAAGAAGAAACGGAGCCGAGAACAACUUGAGGAUGAUGCCUCGAAGAAUUCCCACACUGCAACUGACCCCGCACCCGGCUUGACUGAGACAACUUCGGACGAACAAUCUACUGCCGAAGGACAACCGGAGAAGAAGAGACCCCGCGACAAUUCGGAGGAGCGCAAGGCUAAGGUGGACCAGACUUUCACCGCGAGUGCAUUCGGAAAGGCCUCUGCUGCACCUUCACCUUUCGCAAUGCCUGCAACUAAAUUGACCGCUGACGCUUCGCCUUUUGCAACUAGCGGUGCCUCGACUACUGGUUUCGGUGCCCUCGGAUCCGGCUUCUCUGCCUUUGGUAGCGCUUUCCCUGCCACCUCUGGUAAACUCACCAGCUUCGCGUCUCCCAAUGCCCCCACUGCUUUCUCUGGAACAGCCGGCAAACUGACCAGUUUUGCAUCUGCCAACGCCCCCACCAGUUUCUCUGGAACAGCUGGUAAACUGACCAGUUUUGCAUCCCCCAAUGUCCCCGUUUCCUUUGGCGAGUCUAGCGACAAGACCCUCGGUGCAAAGCAAUCCGACAAUGAGGAAAGUGACAACGAGCCAGUCGGUGAACCCGAUGACACCUUUGUUGCCGAGAAGACCGACGAGCGUUUCCACGCACAAACUGGUAUGGACCCCUUCUUGCCUUUCCCCAGGAUCCCGAAUAUGGCCCGUGACUCAUUCCGACGUGAACCCCCAGUUGAAACCGGCGAAGAAAACGAGAACACUGAGUUCGCAGCCAAGGGCAAGUUGUACUACUUCGACGACAAAAAAUGGAAGGAGCGUGGUACCGGCACCUUCAAGCUCAACCUCAAGACGGAGUCCAAUGGAAAGAAAUCUGGUCGCAUUAUCAUGCGCGCCGAUGGUGCCUUGCGUGUCAUGUUGAACAGUGCGGUUUGGCAUACCAUGCCCUUUGGUGAUGUCAAGGGUUCUCGCCCGACCACUCGGGAUAUCUAUCUCGCCAGCAACGAAGACGGAAGGGUCGUGAGCCUUCUUCUCCGGCUCGGUAAUGAGAAGCAGGCCGGUGAAUUGUUUGAUGUACUAAAGGAUAUUAUGGAGAAAAUUUGA